AUGCGAGUUGUUGACACUGUCAACGUCGCUAUCGCAGAGGCUGUACGACAGGGUGUGGCGGGGCCUGGAAGCCAAUGGGCGUGUACCGUGCUACAGGGUUUCAAGGUCGUACAAUUGUCAACCUUCACAAUCAUGGCAAUCGUGUACUUUUGUGACGCACGGCUGAACGCGCUCAGAAAGUUACUCAUGUUGACACUGGCCGUAGCGAUUGUACCCAACGCCAACUCUCCACUGGGGCCUAUUUAG